AGAACGAGCGGCGUCGUGCAUUUCACUUCCCUCUUUCCACUGCAUGUAUGGAUAUUAAGCUGGAAGGACACAGACUCUCAAGUGCCAGAUUUUGGAACCCACGGAAUAGCAAAACACGUAAACGCUUUUAAUCCAUUACCUGAAACAAAUACCAGUUUGAUCAGCUGUUUCCAACAUAACAAACGAAUGCUGAAUUGUGCAACAUAAAAGUUGUUCAGGUGUUUUCAUAUACCGGGAAGUUGUAGUGCAGGUAGCCUAACCUCACUGGAACAGAACUAUCGCGAUGGAUGCGCUCUGGCUGCUGCCGUCCCUGAUCGUGGUGCUUCUGUGGUCCAGCAGCACGUUUGUGUUUUAUUUUAAAACCUGUUUCUACGCCGCCUGGAUGAUGACUUUAGCUGUCAUUGCAAUCCCAAUAUGUAUCAUGAGAAGCGGAGGCAGGAGCAUUGAAAACAUGAGGGUGAUCCACUUCCUGCUUCAGCAUGUGAAGUACUUCCUGGGUCUGCGCUACGAAGUGAGCGGCUGGGACAACCUGCAGGAGGAGGGAUCGUAUGUCAUCAUUUCCAACCACCAGAGCUCCCUAGAUGUCCUAGGUCAGAUGGAGGUUCUCCCUGACCGCUGCACCUCAGUGGCUAAGAGGGAGCUGCUGUACGCGGGCACUGUGGGCGUGGCCACCUGGCUGGCCGGAGUCUUCUUCAUCAACCGCAGGAAGACUGACGACGCCAAGAGUGUGAUGGCUGAGGCUGCCAGGACCAUGCAGAGGGAGGAGAUCCGUUUGUGGAUUUUCCCUGAAGGCACCCGGAACCAUACAGGCGAUCUGCUGCCAUUUAAGAAGGGUGCAUUCCACCUGGCAGUGCAGGCCCAGGUACCCAUCAUUCCAAUAGUGUUCUCUUCCUACAGUAGCUUCUACAUCCCCAAAGCAAAGCAGUUUAAAUCAGGUACCAUCAAACUGAAGAUCCUCCCAAAGAUACAGACGAAGGGCAUGACAUCAAACGAUGUGUCAGCGCUGGCCCAGAAAUGCUAUGACAUCAUGCACUCUGUGUUCCUGGAGAUCUCUGGAGCAGCCAAUCACAGCAAUGGGCCAUUGAGUGAUUGAGGUGUAUCCAUCAGCCAAACCAGACAGAAUUCCUUACCUGGGACCCACUUUGGCCCACUUUGGUCUGCAUUGGCCUGCAUUGGCCAGGAUCAGCCCAGUUAAGCUGUGUUAGACCUGAUGGUGACCUUUAAGAGGUCACAUCCUGGCUGUGGGGUGCUCUUUUCCUUCUUUUACUGAAGGUCUUUUGUGUCCAUAUGGCUUGGAGCCAGGCACUGUAGCUGCAUGUGUAUGGUGGUGUUAUGACUCAUCAGUGUUAUUAAAUUAUGAAUGCAAGUAUGAGAACAGCAAUCAGAACAUAUUUGUCUGAGAUUUAUCUCCG